CUGCUGCCGGUAGCGAUGCUUUUGCACUGAAGACGCGAGCUGAAAAAAAAAACGGUCAUUAUGUUAUUAAUGGCUCGAAAAUGUGGAUCACAAAUUCCGCGGAAGCAGAAAUCUUCUUGGUUUUUGCUAAUUUAGAUCCCUCCAAGAAUUAUAAGGGCAUAACAUGCUUUGUUAUAGAAAAGGAUAUGGGUGUUAAAGUUGCAAAAAAGGAAUCUAAGCUUGGUAUUAGAGCUUCAUCGACAUGCACUUUGAAUUUUGAUGAUGUAAAGGUUCCUGAGGAAAACUUACUCGGCGAGGAGUUUAAAGGCUACAAGUACGCUAUUGAAAUCUUGAAUGAGGGUCGUAUUGGAAUAGCAGCUCAGAUGAUAGGUCUAGCCCAAGGUGCGCUUGAUAAUGCGUUACCUUACUUAUUCCAAAGAAAAGCAUUUGGUUCCUAUAUUGGAGAUUUUCAGGCAAAUCAACAUCAAUAUGCGCAAGCUGCCACUGAAAUUGAAGCAGCUAGAUUAUUGACAUAUAAUGCAGCUAGAUUAAGACAAGAAGGAAAAGAUUUUAUUAAAGAAGCCGCAAUGGCCAAAUUAUAUUCAUCUCAAAUUGCAGAACGGGUCGCAUCAAAAGCGAUUGAAUUGAUGGGAGGUGUAGGGUUCACCAGAGAAUUUCCAGUUGAGAAAUAUUAUAGAGACGCAAAAAUUGGCUCUAUAUACGAGGGUACUUCAAAUAUUCAAUUGACGACCAUUGCAAAAUUGCUUUCUGCAAA